AUGGAUGAUGAUGAUAUGGACUAUCUCGACGGAGGCGACGAGGACGACUUUGAGUAUUCCGGAGAAGAGUCGGACCAGGGUGCCGAUGCCGACGUGAGAACCACACUCAAGGAAGACGAUCCCUCGGAUGCGCUCAAGGCUCUCCGCAAGAUCAUCGACGCCGAAAAGGACAAGAAGGAAUACACCGACUGGGGCUUCAAGGCCCUCAAGCAAUCCACCAAGAUAUCCUUCCAGAUCCUCGCCAAGCCCGACGACGCCCUCGAGACCUAUACCGAGCUGCUCGGAUACACCCGCUCCGCCGUCACCCGCAACUACUCGGAAAAGACCAUCAACGGUAUAUUGGACUAUGUCGGUGGCCAGAAACCACUCAAAAAGGGCCAGAAAAAGGCAAACCCCGUCGUUCCUGUCGAGACACUCGAAAAGUUCUACGAAGUCACCAAGAGUGUGUUGAUCGAGACCAACGAGCGUCUGUCCACCAAGAUCAACCUCAAACUCGCCAAACUCUGGCUCGACAGGAAAGAAUACACCCGUCUUUUGCACGUCAUUUCCGAACUCCACCGUUCCGCCUCGUCCACAUCCUCCACCUCGGCCGGCGACGACACAUCCGACCAGUCCCGCGGUACCCUCCUCCUCGAAAUCUACGCCUUGGAGAUCCAAAUGUACAACGAGACCAAAAACUGGAAGAAGCUCAAGGAGAUAUAUAACAAUCGAGCGAGGAUCAUGGGCGUGAUUAAAGAGUGUGGCGGCAAGAUGUGGAUGGGCGAGAAACAGUGGGCCCGCGCAUCGACCGACUUUUUCGAGUCGUUUAGGAACUAUGACGAGUCGGGUGCUCCCAGCGGAUCCAACAAGAGGCCAAACCGUGAGCCUCAACACUCGAGUCCGGGACUAGGUACAAUCCGACCCCCAAUCACAGCCAUGACCGAUCUCGUCGGUGCACCAACGAAGAGAAGUGCACGAGGCGGAACGUAUCCUCCGAGGCAAGUCCCCACUCCUUUUCGCCGCUACUCUGAUUUACCCGCCACCACAGACCACAGAGACACCAUCAUGGACGACCCCUUUAUCGCAUCUUACAUCGGCGACCUCUUGCGCAGUCUCAGAACGUCCUACCUCAUCGACCUCAUCAAACCCUACACGCGUCUCGAACUCGGGUUCCUGGCCAAGCCCAAACGUGAACAGCAACUCAACGUCGAGAAACAUGAAGUCGAGGAACUCCUCAUCGGACUCAUCCUCGAAGGCAAAGUAGAAGGAAAGAUCGAUCAGGUGGCUCAGAGGCUGGAGAUUACCAAGACACAACCGCUCGCCCGUCGGCGGUACGCAGCACUUGACAAGUGGACUGGCGCACUCGAAAAUCUCAACGGUGCCAUUUCCGGUAAAGUCAUCAGCGGCGCCGGGGACGCGCGCGGAGAGUUUGAACGUAUGGGCGCGUUGAUGAUGUAG